UUCCCCAUUGGCAGCUAAGCACGACGCGUUCUAUAUAAACGCGACUGCAGACUCCAAAAGCAUCAUCAGUCACAAUUCAAAGCUCCUCGAGUCAAGUCCAAGCUACAAACACAAAAACUCAAAAUGUUCAAAUACGUUGCUAUUGUUGCUCUGCUGUUCGCCUCCGCCAGCGCCGGCCUCAUUGAGACCCAUCAUGUGCUGCACGAGCCCGUUCUGGCCAAGGUGGGCACUGUGAUUCAUAGCGCACCCUCGGCUGUCUCCCACCAGAGCAUCACCCAGGUCCACAGCAAGCCUGUCGUCCAACAUGUCGUAGCUCCAGUUCUGAAGACCACCAUCCAUUCCGCUCCAGCUGUAGCUGUCCAUGCCGCUCCAGCUGUGUACCAUGCUGCUCCUGUGGUGCCAGUUGUCCACUCCGCGCCUUUGUAUAAGUCUGUGGUGCACUCAGCUCCUUUGGCCUACACUCUGCAUCAUUAGAAGGCGAUUGAAUGAGAACAUCAGCUAUUGAUUGUGAUAGGAAAUUUAUGAUUUU